AUGGAGAUGGAUUCCGGAGAGGACUCUGAAACUUUGGAGAACGGAGAUGCACGAGCCGGUGACAUGUCUCCAGUUGAGGAAAGAAACCUAUAUGGCAAUCUUCACGUAUCUGGCGUGAGGGUCCUAGACCUGGUGGGCUCCCCGGGAACAUGGUUCUUCUUCACAGACCUCUACGUCCGACAGGAAGGUCGUUAUUCGAUACGCUUCCGGUGCUUUGAUACGUCGGCUGUUACAGGCAGCAAUCGUGUUGUCCCUCACCUGGCAGAAUGUAGAUCUCAGCCCUUCAGCAUAUAUCCCCCGAGACAGAUGCCGAGCUUGCCAAAGCCUACAGAACUGGCAGAGCAUUUCGCGAAUCAAGGAUUUAAGCUGAACAGUCGCAAGAACGAAAAGACAGCAACUUCGUCACCACCACCAUACUUCCACUCGACAGCAGCUCGUGGGGAAACCAAUAGACCUAUCAAACAGAUGACCGGAAAUGAGCCAUCUCGCCCGGAACCCAAUCCCGUACAACGUGACAUCACCCAUGACGGAUCUUCAUCAGCUGCAGCCAGCCGGAGCGGGAGCACAGUGCUCACCGCUUCCUCCGCGAGCAUGGCAGACGGAUCUUGA